GUAUUCUACAAAGAGAUCGUUGGCACCGAUGACUACAUUGCGUCCAGGAGGAAGCUCUUACGGCAGAGGGCAGGUCUCGGGAAAAGAGACCAGGCUGUCCCUCCGUUCACCUUCGUGACCCGCUUUGCUAAAGGGGAUAAUGUGAUUGAGAUGGAGGCUGGUUGGAACAGGCUUGGGCUGGUGUUGAAAGUGGAGUUCAAAGGGCCAUGGGGCGGACACGAGGGCAUGCAGAAAAUCCGGUCGGUGAUUCGUGCCAAAUUAGAGGACUUUGUGGAAAGCCAAUGGCGUCUAGAAGGCCAGAAGGAAGAGGAAGAACCAGGUUCAGAGGAAGACAAAGAGCAAGAUGAAGGGAAAGACCAAGAGGAAGAUGAAGAGGAGCAGAUGCAAGAAGCAGAGGAAAGUGAGGAUCUUGAAGGCGAGGAGAAACAGACCGACUCUGGUACCAAAAACCCCGACAACCUGGAGACACUCCCCAUGCCUGACACCUGGCCCGAUGAUGUUUGGGGGGAAGCUGAGGAGGAGGACGAGGAGGAUAUGAACGCCACUCAACACUAUGAAAGGUCAGACCAAGAAGAUGAUGAUGAACCCGAAGAGGUUGAGAACGAAAGCCCAAAGGAGACAAAGGAAAAGAUUCGAAAGGCGCAGCACUUAGAAGAAAGCAAGACAAAGAAGGACAAGCCCAAGAGCCACAAGAAAGAGAAGAAGGAGAAGAAAGGUGAACAGGCUGAAAGGGAGAUCGAGACAGAGAAGACUGAAGGGAAGAGGAAGGUUGCCAAGAAGGCCGCAGAAAAAAUGAAGGAAGACAGGACUGAUGAUGUUGCAAACGCGCCGAUGGUUGAAGAUGUGGAGACCGAAGAUCAAGAUGUAGAUGCAGACAAAAACAACGAGACAGAGGGCAUGAGAACGAAAGAAGGGCGCCAAGAAGUUGAGGAAAAGAAGGUGAAGCGAGAGAAUGCAGAGAAGACCAGAGGUAGCAAAGUUGAGGAUGACCCAAAGAGGAAGGCUGUAAAGAAGGAAGAAGAAGAACAGAAUGCGGAGAAGGCUAAAAGGAACACAGCAGAGGAUGGUCCAAAGAUGAAAGCUGUGAAGGAAGCAGAGAAGACGAGACAGAACACUGUGGCAGAUGCUCCAAAGAGGAAAGGUGUCAAGAGGGAAGCCGAAGAAGAGAAUGUGAAGCAAAAAGCACAGAAGAAAGAUAUGCCGCUGGUUGAGGACGAGAACAAUGAUGAGUACAAGGGACAUGAGGUUGAGGAGGAGGCUGUUGAGGAGGAUGAGUUCGAAGAUGGCAAACGGAAGAGGCAGCCGAAGCAAGAGACGAAGAAGAAAGCUGAGGAGCCCUCGGAAAAGAACAAGUUCAAGGAUGCAGACAAAAACAAAGAGACAGAGGGCAUGACAGUGAAAGAAGGUCGCCAAGAAGUUGAGGAAAAGAAGCCGAAGCGAAGGACCAAAGAUGAAAAAGCAGAGGAGGCAGGUGAGGCUGAAGAAAAGCAGAAGAAUGAUGAAGAUGGAGAAGAACAGACCAAGCCGAAGCGUGAAAAGAAAAAAAAGAAGGACACUGUGGAGCAUCGAGGUGAGGAGAAGUCUGCCAAGAAAGAUGUCCCAAGCAGUACCUCCAUCAUUGUCGACUCAGAUGACGACAAAGAGCCGGAGAAAGCUGCAACUUUCAUGGAUGACCGAGGUGAACCACUGAUCAAAGACGAAAGGCAGCCCACAGAAGAACAGAAGGAGAAGGCAGACUCAAUCAUGAGAGAGAUGCACAAGACGCACAGAGCCAUGAGUUGGACAACCAAUGACGACAUUGUGGCAGCGCAACGGAAAAUGAAAAGAAAGAUGAAAGAAGACCAAGAAGGCGAAGAAGAGCAUCAAUCUGGAGAUGAUGACGACAGACUGCUCCGUGAUGCAGAGGAGGACAGCGAAGACAGAAAAGCAGCUAGAGGCAGAGGACGCGGCAAAGGAAAAGGACGAGGACGAGGACGAGGCCGAUCAAAGAAACUGGAUGAUGCAAAGCAAGAUGAUGAUGUUGAAAACAGUGAGGAGCCCGAAGACAGACCCAAGAAGAAGCAAAAGCAACACCCAGAAGGACAGAAGACGGCAGAUAAAGCGGAAGAGAAACAGAAAGACAAGUCAGGGAAAGCCAAGAAGAAGGAGAAAUCUGAGAUGGCAGAUGCAAAGGAGAAAGAGGAUGAUGCAGAGCCGACAAAGAAGGCAACGAAGAAGGAGAGGUCGCAGAGUGAGAAGAGAGAUGAAGAUGACAAGGAGAGCCCAGCCAAAAAAAAAAGAAGGCAGAUAAGGCAGCCACCAAGAGUCCCAUGA